AUGCAGCAGCAGCAAGAGGAGUGCUGCGCGUCAGCGCAGCAAGAAGCUACUGACAGCAGCAGCAGCACCAGCAGCAGCAGCAGUAGACAGCAACAGCAGCAGCAGCAACAACAGCAGCAGCAGCAGCAGCCGCGGCAGCAGCAGCUGCUGAGGCCUCCUCCAUCUGCGCUGGAGAUGCCUCAAUCUGUGCUGCCGCACCGGGCGAAUUCGUUUUGUGUCUCCGAGGCGGAUUGGGUGCCUCGGGAGAGUUACGUCGAUUUGCGCUGUUAUUUUCGCGGAGGAGCGAAGAGGGUUUUAAUAAUUAAACGAAUAAACAGUCCGGCCGUCACUGAAGUUGCUGCUGCUCUCGCAAGGUAA